AUAUAUAUAUAUAUAUAUAUAUAUAUAUGGAAAUUAUUCAUUCUGUAUUUGAAAGACUAGUUCAGCAUUUAUUAUAAUGCUAAUUCUGUAUCUGUGAAAGAACAUUUGGUUCUUUAUGUAGAUUUUCCCUCCACUAUUUUCAUUAAAACAAAUAUUUUAUUAUGGACUAUUACUGAAAAAAAAAAUUCUCUUAACUUAGAAGGAAAAUAUGUACACACACACAAACACGUACAUAAAUAUAUAUAAUUUAUAUUCUGAUGGAAAUAGAUUAAAAUUAAUGAUUAAGUGCACUAAGAAUCAGGCAGUUUGGGAAAUAAAAUAUCUGCUUCACUGGGAUUUCAGAAUAUAAUUCUAAACAGACUGUAGAAUUGAACUAACUCAGGAUUUCUGAACUCAUAGCUAGUUUUGUAGCGUUUCUCCCAAGCAGAUGCAUUACUAAAAAUACAAAAGGGAAAUAUCUAAACUGAAAUAUUUGUUCUUCUUGGGUUAUAUAAAACUAUUAUUUCAUUUAAAUACUAGUUAAAGGAAUGCUUUGAUGUACUUUAUAUUGUAAAAGUAUGCUCUGCUUAUGGCCUGUAUAUUAUAUAUGUGUUUAUAAAGGCUAUCUAUAGUGUGUGUGCGCGCACAUGUGCAUGUGCGCACACACACACAUUCAUUCCAUGUAGUGCUAUUAAAUUUAAUUCUCUGCUCCUGGUAGAUAUUUUUACCAUGAGAAUUAGAAAGUUCCUAAAUCAUAUUAUUUUCUUGAAUUCAAAAUAAUUUUGUGUUUUCUGAUUUUAGCUGGGAGAGAGAAAAUAUAAAUCAUCUUUAGACAGUGAGAUUGCUGCUAUUGGGAAGAGAAAUGAAGCAGCAUUUUUCAUGAAACUAUGGCAAAAUAUCAACUUUUUACUGUUGUGUAUUGUUUAUAAGGCCAAGAUCUUCAGGAAAUGUCAGAUUCAAUUCUGUUUCAGGUAGAGGAAAGGGACUGGAAGAUUUUGCCAGGGGGGAAAUUUAAAGCAGUUAAAUAAAGUAUAAUCAAUUUUAAUUGUUAAGGUGAUUGUCUCUGUGUCCUUUGUUCCUCCCUUUUGGCUUGAUAUAUAAUCACUUGAAUUCCAAAAUGAUCAAAUUAGUUUCCCCAAGCUUAGAGAUAGUACAAAAAUUUAGAAGCUUUCCUCCUUUUUCUGAUGACCUAAUUGCCAAUCAAAUAGAAAUGUUGGACAGGAAGCAAGAAGGAGAGAAAGCAAGAUGGCUGCCUGGGAGCUCAGCCACCACAGUUCUUGUGAAAAAGAAGCUGAAUAAAUAGAACAAAGUCUGGAAAUCAAAUAAAGAAGCAUUUUUUUUAAAUAAACAUGAAAAAUAGACGUGAUGAGAGGCAAUAGGAAAGGAAGCAGCAAAUGAGAAAACUGAGAGGACAGAGACAUUUAUUUCCUCCCUUCAGAAAAACGUUUUUCUUCCCUCAGAUGGAAUGCAAAUUUAGAAGCUGAGAAGACUGAAGAAGGCCAGUCAAGAACAAACAGAAAAUUAGAAAUGUACAUUUUUCUUUCAUCCUAGGAAGUAAACAUUUUUUUAACAAAAACAAAAGCACUUUUUAAAUAAAAAAACUCCUAAUUUAAUAAAACCUUCAAGAGAGAUAAUACAUGCGAUAGUAGGAUCUAAGAAAUUAGAGACAGUCUUCUUUCUGGUAUCUUUUUUUUUAAUCACGUGUGAAUCAACUUCUAAUUUUGUAUUAAUAUCCAGUGUACAUAGAUUUCUCCCCCUGCCUAUUCUCACAUAGCCUUUCAUUGUGCCAGAUUAAAAAGCCAAGAUUGUUCAAAUGUGACUUGUGAGUUCUCCUUUGCAUAAACUCUAGAUAUGUUUAAUUAUGCUGUCAAAAAGCUCCACUUCACCCUGGUGGAAUUUUUGUUUACUCUUUAAAGCUCUGGUGUUAGUACUCUGAGGCACUAUAACUGAUUUUUCAGUUUUUCAGAGUACUUCAUUUGGAAUCCCAUAUGCUCUAAAAAGUUUGCUUGCAGCAUGUAUGUUCAAAGAGUUUGGUUUGGUAUUUUGGUAAAAAUUAUUAAGCUAUUUUUUUGGGGAACAGCAAUGCAGAGUAAAUGACCUAUCUGAAAAUAAUUAGGCAAGAUACUAUUACUCCACAAGCUUAACUGGCUUUAGAUGUUCGAAAAAUGUACAAAAUACAAGAAAACUGACCGAGCAAGAACACAAAUAUGUUAAUGUCACUGAUCUCUGGCUCCACCUUUUUUUCCAACCAUUGUUGCUCUGGUUUUAUCAGAAGCUUGGUUAUGUAGUUUGUAUUUGUGCACACAGAAAUGUGCAGGGUUAUAGUUUAGCUAGAUAUGAUAAUUUAUGCUACUUUUAGCCUACUGGAACAGAUAAGAUUUCAUAAAUUACCAGCAGGGAAUAAAUAAUCCCAAAGCUUCCAGCUGCCAGUCAGAAGGUGGCAUGAUGGUGACAGAUAUUUAAACUUGACUAUGCUUCAUGUGCAAAGAGUUCAAGUCCACUUUAAGAAUAAAUUAAGUCUAAGGUAAGCAUGUAUAGCCUUCAAGAGAACUUCCAUUUUCUCCUGUGUAAGAAUAUUUUAUUCACUAAUAUGCACUAAUCCACACUUUUUGGAAUCUGAAGACACUUUUGAAAUUAUUGAGAGUAAACAGCCAAAUGGUUGCCAUGGUAAACAAGCUGCAAAUCAUCCUUUUACCACAGUUUUUAUCCCUGUAAAAUUGUUAUCCCUUCCACCUUUUAUGUUCUGAGGGGAAGAUUUGCAAAACAACAUCGACCAAGAAGUUGUUUUUAUAACUGGGUGGUUAUGUCCUAACAACCUUAGAAUUAAAGAUUAUUUUGGAGAUAUACUUUGCAAUGCUCAUUUUAUCAUUUAAUUUCUUUAAAAAAUAAAAUAAAAACAGGACAAAGAUGACUAUUGUAUAAAGUGCACUUUCUACCCUUGUGCACUAUUUUGAGAGUGCUGAACACUUAUAGCAAUAUCUUUGGGAACUAAUUUAUCACACAGUGGUUUUCUGUGGAGAAAAAUGAAACAGUCAUCAACCACCUUUCCAUUACGUCAAAGGAAACUGAGCUAUUUGUGAGUUCUUAGAAUUUAACACUUCUUAAUAACAUGCACUCAAACUAUAAAAGUUAUACCAGUGUGCUGUGUAUCAUGCAUGGGCGCACUUGGCAUUAAGAAGGAUCAAGAUAGCAUUAUUGCUUUGAUAUUAUUUGCACCUCUAUACUGCAUGACAACAGUUGCCUGAAAGACAGCAGCAAAAGAUCCAAACCUAUAGAAAAAUAGUUUGCAGGCAACUCAUGACAUUUGUAUUCCAAGAAACUUCCACUAAAGAAAAAGUCUUUCUUUGGAGCACCCAUAUGAAUUGUGCUCUAGUUAGAAUUGGAUGUUGUCAUCAGUUUCCAGAGCUCCUACAACCUACAUUGAAAGAAAAAUUCCCUACAUUGAAAGAAAAAAGAUCAUCUAUCUGAAGACCUGGCUAUUGUAUAAUGAAAGGCCUCUCUGAGUGGUAUACUAGAAGAUUGCUGUUAGCAACAAAUUGUGAUGGGAAGCUUGCCCAGUAAGAGGAAACAGAUUGCUAACCAGACAAGCCCACAACUGAACACAUGGUACAGCCAGAGCAAUAGCGUAAACCUGCCAGUUGUCAAUUCGCCCAUAGUUGUUGCAGUCAGUGAUUUUCCUUCUAGAGACACAGAGCCAGUACUAAGGAUGGGGGAACAGCUGAGUUUGGUAUCUGAAGAGGGUGAAUGGUGUCAAGUCAAGUCAGUAGCAACUGGACAAGAAUGCUGUGUACCUAGCAACAGCAUAGUUAAAAUUUCACACAGGUGGCUCUAUGAUGGCAUUGAUCGAGCCAAAGCUGAGGAGUUGUUACUGUUGCCUGCAAACCAGGAAGGUUCUUUCAUCAUAAGAAAGAGACAAGCGAAGAAAGGUUGCUACUCUUUAUCAAUCAGAUGCACAAAUCAUGAAUCUUGGAAUUGUGUAAAACACUACCGCAUUAACUGUUUGGAGAACAGCUGGCUUUAUAUCUCCCCGAGCCUUACCUUCCCAAGCUUGCACGAACUGGUAGACUAUUAUUCUGAAACUAGUGAUGGCUUAUGUUGCUGCUUGAAGAAACCGUGCUUCAUCCAAGGAACUAAUUCCAGCUUGUUUCAUCAUCUUUCCAAACCUGUGGCAGUAAAAAAAUCUGUUCUCAACUGGCAACAGAUCAAGAGCUCAGACUUGUUGUCAGAAGAACCACUAACAGAAGACUCACCCAUCAGUCUUGGCUUGCGAGAAGCAGUUACUACUUACCUGUUUAUGACUGAUGACGUGUCAUUACAGGGCUCACCAAACAGAAAAGGAAAGCAAACCAAAGAUGUAUAAAGCUAAUAUUGGAAGUAUUUCUGGAAUAUUAAACUUGAACACAAGAUCUGUAUUUUUAUCAGUUUGAUUCAAGGUGGUUAUCCUUAAAACAGUGUUAUCAUAGUUAACUUUUCAUCUUUUUCAAGAAGCUUGGCUCAUUCAAAUGUGUGUGUGUGUGUGUGUGUGUGUGUGUGUGUGUGUGUGUGUGUGUAGUAUAUUUAUAUAUAUUUUCCCUACAGGUUUUGCACUUGGUAAUUCAUAAUUGCUUAGUAAUGCAAAAGCUGAAUAAACCAAAUAGUUGUUUCACCAGGCUGCAAUGGAUAUUAAUGUCAACAGUUCAAGAAACAAAGGAAAGCAAGGAAAAAUGUUUUCUCUGAUCUGAGAGAAAGAAUCGUAGGAAUGGAGCUACCAAAAGUAGAAUGGAAAUGCAAGUGUGCUAUAUACAGUAUCCACAAAUGGCAUAUAAAAGGCACAUACAAACCUAUGGCAGUUUCUGGCCGCAUGCAUAAACUGCAUGGUUUGCUUAAUGAAGCCACAAUACAUUGAUUUUAUGUUAAAACUAAACAAGCCAAACAUGUUCACCAUCUUGAGUUAUUUCUAAAAAUAAUAAAGGAGGAAUACAAGUAAAAUUUAAAAAAUAAAUUAUAAUGGAGCCAGCUUGGUUGUUUGCAAAUGUUUCAUUACCUGAUUAGUACUGACCUUAGUUGGGUAAUGAAAUGUCUACAAGCAAACAACAGAGAGCACCAAGAAAUAUAUGAGUUACAUAUAUUCUUUUAUAUUGUAAGUCAUUAUAGCCUGAACAAUCAGGAAAUCAGUCCAAAGCCCACAAGAGUAAAGUAGUUACUCUUAGUAUUGAACUUGUCUAGCUCCUAGUUUCCUACACAGAUUUCAGGAAUAUGCAACCUCUGAUCUUCCAGAUGUUAAAUGAUAAACUUUUCAGUAUCUCUAAGCACUGGCCAUGCUAAUUAGAUUUUUUAUCAGUUACAAUUUGUAAGACUUUGAAAGUUACGUAUGUCUAACCCCUGCCCUAUAGCUUUAGGAUUAUCUUCAACAUUAAAGGGAUAUAGCUAGAAAUAUAUUAUUCAAGUCUUAACAAAUUGCACUUGUUUACAGUUAAAAGAUAGAGAAAUAUUUUUUUCAGGGGUAUCUUAUUAUUUAGAAAACUCCCCAUAAUGUUAUUGUGAGACAAUUGGAUGUCAUUUAACAAUCACAAACUUUAUUCCAAUUUAUUACAGCAAAAUAAUUUUUAUCUGCUGUACAGUUGCUAUACUUAUAAACUAUAAGAGCUAAAUAAUUGGAGACAAAUUAUUCCCUGAAAUUAGUCUUGGCAUAAAGUCUCUGUCAGAAUGCAAAAUAGUGGACUGUUUUUAAAUGAGAUAAGCUGGUCAGAAAACUGUUAUUUCUAUGACAAACAUUAGAUAACUGAAAUCUACAUAAUUCUGAAGCAUAUAAACAUUACGGAUUUUAUUCAUAAUUACCAAUUUGUACACUAAACAGGUCUUCAACUCACAAAUGUGCUUUAAUUUAAACUUUGGUGGUGUCAAAAACAACUCCAAUAUCAAGGUAGGAAAAGUCCAACAUUCAGAACACCCAAUGCAAAAAUACCCUAUUCUGUCCACCUCAAAGUAAUCUCUUGUCCCAGAUGUUAUCUAACAAAAAGGAAGUAGUGAUGGAAAUAUGAUAUUCUUAAACAUAUAAAAGUUACAACACACCAAUGUUCAAAAAACUACUAUAUAACGUAGCUUCGAUGUAAGCAGCAUUUCUUCACUUUGAUCUCACAAAUAAUGCUAGUAAGGAAAC